GCCGGCGUCCCGCCCGAGCGCGGCCGCCUCUUCCUCUCCAAGGAGGCGGCCCGGCCCCGCUCUCCUUCCGGCGCCAGGAAGGACCCCGACGAUGGCGGCGGCCGCGGCCCUUGCGCUCGGGCUGCCGCUGCUGCUCCUAGGGGGCCCCCGAGGGGUCCUCGGCCAGGGCCACCCGCCGCCGCCGCCCGCUCCGCAGGACGCCGAGUUCACCUUCCUGCUGCCGGCCGGGCGCAAGGAGUGCUUCUACCAGGGUGCGCCGGGCAACGGCUCCAUGGAGCUGGAGUAUCAGGUUAUUGGUGGAGCGGGUCUGGACGUUGACUUCUCCUUGGAAAGUCCUUCAGGCAAAUUGCUGGUUGAUGAAUACCGGAGAUCCGAUGGGGUUCACACCAUUGAGCCUACGGAGGGAGGGGAUUACAAGCUGUGCUUUGACAACUCCUUCAGCACUAUAUCGGAGAAGUUGGUGUUCUUUGAACUGAUCUUUGACAGCGCCCAGGAGGAUGAGGACUUGAACAAUUGGGCAGAAAUGGCAGAACCAGAAGAGAUGCUUGACAUAAAGAUAGAAGACAUUAAGGAAUCUAUUGAAACCAUGAAGAGCCGCUUGGAGAGAAGUAUUCAGAUGCAGGCCCUGCUGCGAGCCUUUGAAGCUCGAGACCGCAAUUUACAGGAAAGCAACCUGAGCCGAGUCAACUUCUGGUCAGCUGUCAAUCUCACUGUGCUCCUGGUGGUGUCAUUUCUCCAGGUGUACAUGUUGAAAAGCCUCUUUGAGGACAAGAGGAGAGUCUGGACGUAGCAGGAGGAGAAAUGGCACCCCCUUUUUACCUAGGCGGGGCAGGUGUCCAGAAAAAUGCCAGCUCCCAUAUUGCCAAAGCUCAGUACUGUCUCAAGUGUAGCUGCCAUUUCUGCCAUCAGUCUCUUUACAGAAGGGGUUAAAAUAUCACAGCCAAGGUAAGGGAGGGAUUUGGGGUGGGGAUUGAACACCCCCACAUCUUGUGUGAUGGUGGCAACCUGUCGAAAUUGAGAGCAGGGUGAGGGAGUGCAAGAAUUGGAGUUGUUAGGCAGUACACAACAAGCAAAAACAGCUGUUCUUCAUACAUUUCAAUAGCUCCUCUGUUUACAGUGAAGGGCAGGUGCUUCUCAAUGUAUUACAGCUUGCAGCAGAGUUUGCCUCUUGGCCUUAAAACUUUCGAUAUUCUGCAUCAGACUUCAUCAACAUGUGCCUUAGCAAAAGUCGCUGGCCUGGCUGGAAACAGCAACGCCCCGGCCACUUUUAUUGUUGAGAGGCUCCUAGCCUCUGCUCUUUCUAUGGAAUCUCCCUGCCCCAAGAAGCCCAAUACUUAAGGGCAUUAAGGAAACUCUCCUAGUGGCAUUGGUAAUCUUUACCACCCUGGCUUCUGUGUUUGUUUUUCCUCAGGCAUGACUACAUGAGGAGUAUUGGCACUGCUAAAAAGACUCCCGUGGUCAGCAAUCUGCAAAGGGUGAAAAGGCCUGGUUUUGCACUCAUGUGGUGCUAGCGUGUCCCGAUCUAGCAUUCCGAUUUUCAGCAGAAAGCAAGCAGAAUGUGAUGAGUUUAUUCCCUUGGGAGGAAAUCAUUGCCUUUCCAAGACCCAACUCUUCAGGUAUCUUUAAAUGUUAGGAACUGUGAACAAGUAAAUUCCUGAUAUAUAGAAGGCUGACCUGCAGAGCACAUGAGCUCUUGAAUACUUCUCUGUUUAUUUUCUGCUCCUUGGGAAUUCCUUACUGGAUUUAGGAUAUGAGAAAUUUCACAAGUAUAACUUGGGCCUGAAUUACACAGUGGUGGCAGAUUAGCGUUGUUACAUGCCGUGAUCAAAGCACAUUUGCAUUUAAAAUGGGCACGGGUGGUGCAUCUUCUUCUGCCACAGGUACGCCAGCAGACUGCCCAGCUCUGAUAUCAGUAGCGAGACAGGCUGGGAGAGGGCUGUGCAGAACAAGUGGGCAAAGGAAGAAUUUAGCACUGCCCUGGCAGUUUACUUUGUGCCCUCACUUAUAGACAUUAUUGAGGGACUUCUGAAAUACACUCCUGGUACUUUCACUGGAGAUUAAAGUUGAACGUUCAAGAGUAGUUGAUACCCCCCCCCCCAACUCCAAAACAGCCUUUCAGAUGGGCUGUUGCAUUUCACUUGACAUUCUUAGUAUGUUAACAUUUCCCUGGACAUGGCAGUGCAUUCGCCCGAGCUAACUGUUCAAUGGUACUCCAUUGGCUGCUCUUCAGGGCAGGAUGCUGCCAGUUCCCAUAGCUGCAUCCCAGAUCAGCUGGUUCCUGGCGGCAAGAAACAGCUGUGUGUACGCUCACACUAUAAAAAGACUCUGUUUGGGCUUCCUGAUGUCAGAGAAUGCCUGGCAUAACAAUGGGAGGCUGCCAGUGUUCACCCCUUUUCUAAGAUUGUGUAGGCCAUUGUCUUGUGGUUCAAUAAAUGGUCUUUGAAUUGGA